UCACGCAGCUGCACCUUAGUGGGCGGAUCCGGGAAAAGGAAUGUUUUUUGUGUUACCUGAACGUUACACUUCAACAGGUAGAGGAAUAUUCUGUCAAAAACAGACAACUGACUGAAGCGGUGCAGCCCAGGAGGAUAGAGCCGGGAGGAAAACCAGAAGAACCGCAGGCUAAAGAAAGUUUUUGGGAGAACUUUUCUGACUUGGUGUCGGAGUUGGUGGAUGUCACCUUGCUGCUAUUUUCAGCUCUGAGGGAUCCCUCAUCGUGAUAUUUGUCACCAUCUUGAGUGUGCUCCUCCUGCUGUGUUGCAGAGUGAUGGGCCUGUCUAAGCGCGUGUCAUCGUGGUCGGUGGAAGAAGUGUUGGAGUGGAUGCAGGGUUAUCACCCGGCCAAGAUGGACACGCUCCAAAAAGCCAUAAUUAAACACGCCAUAUCAGGCCGGGUGUUGCUGAGGCUGAAGGACCAUCACCUGGAGCUCCUCGGGGUGGAGGCUGAGGAGCAGCAGCAGGAGAUCCUGCAGGACGUUCUCCUCCUCAAAGUACAGGAAGAAGUCCAUGAACUCAAUGACAUCUGCUCAGAGUGUUUUUCUACAUAGCAGGGAAACAAAUAUCUUCAGGAGGACAUCGCCUUGUUUGUUUUUUUCAUUUCUAUCUAUUCAUCCAAGUGAAGGAGGGAGUGAUGGAAAUAACAAGACAAGGUGAAAGAGAAAGAAGAAUCGAUGAAGAAUGAAGAGAGAAAGAAACCCAUUUCCUGACUGAAAUCUGACCUGUGCAGACGGAUGAGAUUAGUUUUUGUCUGAGCGGCUUUUUUAGCCUUGCUGUCCAUUAGUUUCUGUCUUCUGUCUUUCUCUAUAGUGGGUUAACAUCCUAUCAGGAAAUAUUUGUAGCUAUUUUAAACCACUUUAGUCACGACUGAAUUGUCUCAACAGCUCCUGGAAACAUUUUAAUAAUCGUUCCCAAUCCCAGAGGAUGAAUUAUAAUGCUAUUCAUUUUUUACUCCAGUACCAUCAAGUCAGAAUUGUUAUUCGUCUAAUUCUUUGGUAUAUGCACAAUACAAAAAAAAACCCAAAUAGGCAAGAUGAUAAUAUUUAAUUUAAUGUAUAAAGCGGUUUUCUAAAUACACUUUAACCCUCCUGUUGUCUUCGGGUCAAAUCUAACCGAUUGACUACUUUCAUCAAUCAUAACUUUUUAGUUUUACAUUCGAUUGCAUUCAGGCUUUAUGAUAUCCUUCACAGUAGACAUUUGAAC